AUGCACAUGCUAGGGCUGCAGAAGAUGAUCCAAUAUCGAGGUGGUAUACACAGUCUUGGUUCUCGCUAUCUGCGAGUUACGGCAACUUGGACCGAUCUGGUCGGUUCCAUGGCUACAGACCAAGUUCCCUAUUUCGCAUUGGACCAGCCCGGCCCGACCAAGGCUCGACAUGUACAAGACAGCGCUUUCCAAGAAUCUCUUGAAGGGCUACAGAUGAAUUGUCCCAAAUCCGCAAGUAUCACAGUUCUUUUGAAGCUGCUCCUCAGCUUAUCGAACUCGGUCGCUGGAAAGUCGGAGCUUGGGCUAAGUCAAGAUCUAGCGCUGAUGGAGACACUACACGCCAUCGUAUAUAUUACCUUAACCCUGCCUCGCUUCAACGAACGAGCCAUACAUGAUGACGCUAAUCCUUUGACGCCCAUUGAAGCGGCUUACGAAGCAUUUCGCCUAGCAGCAAUCCUGUAUUUGUCCGGGCCCGUGAUGUUUGUGGCUGGUAAUAAGUUCUCCAAUCCGGUGGCUUCUCACAUAAGCUGGAAAUUAUCAAACCUUCUCAAGGCGCUUAUCAUCGACUGGACGGGUUUAGAACAGGUCGAGUUGUUUGUGCUGGCUUUUGGGGCUGUGACCGAAGUAGGAUGUGGAAGGCAUUGGAUGAUAGUCCAAUUAAACCACACCAUGAUGGAACGGGGUCUGCGAUGGAAUUUCAUAAUGGAUAACCUACGCUCAAUGGCGUGGGUCGACAUUGUCUGGUCGGCCAAGCUGAACAAGUUGGGUGGUGACUUGACGCAUGUCAAUGGCAGCUAG